CAUCCAAUCUCCCAUUUCCUCAAACUUUGCGGUACUCCAAAUCCGCCCUGACGUCACCGAUAACCGCUCGUUUCUCAACGCGUGCAUAAAACGUCCUUUACGACACCCAAUUAAACCCGCCAUAACCAUAAAAGCCCCAAAGCAAUUGACCCCAGCUAAAAACAAUCUUCAAUUAACACAGCGCUCGUAAUUACAGCAUUACGAGCGCCUUCGUCAUCGGAUGCGUCACACAAAGACCGCUUUCACCUGCAUCUCCAUGACGACCCAACGCGUCGAUCAAACGCCAAAUGUCAGUCACGGACGAAGGUGUGGAGGACCUCCCCGAGGACGAAGAAGACGAGGAGGUCGAAGAGGAGGAAGUCGAAGCCGAGCAGGAGCACUGGAGCCUGUACAACUCCGAGAGCUUCAUCUCCGGCCCCUUCCAAAGCGAGCAAUGCACGAUCCAAGAAGACGUGUUACAAUUUGAUUUUUCUUUCGGGUACGACUGUCGGAAGUACUUCAACUUGACCACACCAGAUCCAGACACUUUAAUAUUCGCAUCGGGGAAUUUCAUUAAUUUUUUCGAUGUACCGGCGAAAACCAUUUCCUUCCGGCGCAGCGCGCUGGGUGGGGGGAUCGCACACAUUAAGGCUAACCCGCACCCGGAUUACAACCACGUGGCGAUUGCGGAGAACGGGAGCACCACGGUACCGCUGAUCAUCAUCUACGAGUGGCCCACGAUGGACAUCGUGGCCGUGCUCAAAGGGGGAUCCUCGAAGCUGUAUUCCCAUUUAGACUUCAGCCCGAACGGCCUCCUGUUGGUAUCCCAAGGGGGCGAACCCGACUACAUGAUCACCAUCUGGAACUGGCCCAAGCGGCGCAUCCUCCUACGUACCAAAUCCUACGUGAACGACGUCUACAGGGUCAAGUUCUCGCCCUACGUUCCCGGUCAACUCACCAGCUGCGGGAUCGCCCACAUCAAAUUCUGGAAGAUGGCCAACACUUUCACCGGGCUUAAACUCAAAGGGGAGUUGGGUAGGUUCGGUAAGACCGAAUUCUCGGACAUUCUAGGUGUACUACCCAUGCCGGACGAGAAGGUAGUAUCCGGGUGCGACUGGGGCAACAUCCUGGUGUGGGACGGCGGCUUAAUCAAACUAGAAGUAUUCAGAACCCUGAGACGCAAGUGCCACGAUGGUCCCAUCGUUCAAAUCUCCUUCAACCAAGGGGAACUCAUGACGGUGGCCAUGGAUGGGCAUGUUAAAAUAUGGUGGUACGACAAAAUCGACCAGGCGGACCCUCCAGACGACGACAGAGUGAUCCAAAUCGAACCCACGUACGAUUUCUACACACCAGGGUUGAUGUUAAUGUCGUUACGAAAGCGAUACCCGGACCCGAAAGACACAACGUACUUCGGACAAGACGGCAACGGCGGAAUUUGGCUGAUCGACCUCAACACUGAAGACACCCCGCAAGAGUCGCUCCAACUAUACAAGUGCCACGCUGGUAAAGUGGUUACGAUUGCGGCGUGCCCAUGGGGCCCCUACUUAGCCAGUCUGGGUGAAGAUGGGCGCAUUUUUGUGUACAUGUACGAGGAAAAAUUGAUGAUUUUCGAGCAUCAGUACCCAGCGAAAGGGACUUGCUUGUUGUGGGUUCCAAUGAAGAUUUCGCAUAGCGGCGACGAACUCAUCAUGGGUUUCGACGACGGUACCAUACGAGUGUCGAUUCUCACCAUAGAAGAGCAAGAAGUGAAACUCAUGGUUGUUUAUGCGACCAAACCUCACGACAAACCCAUCACGAAGAUCACCAUGAACCCUUCGAACACGAUUCUGGUGACAGGUGGUGAGGACUGCACCAUUUUCUUUUUCCAGGUGUUAGCGAAAACGAACGUGGAGUUAGUACCAAUCGGGUACAUACGGGUACCGAAUAUUGUUACUUGUAUGACGUGGCAUUGUCAGAAGGCGGACGAGCUUCUGGUUGGGUGUCUCCACGGAGAAAUCGUCCAAGUGAAAGCCCCCAAAGAACCACAAGCUUACACCACCGUUUCGUACUUGCUCAAACUCGAGCCCCAGGUCAAUAAAUUCACGACUUACAAAGCCCAGAUUCGACGGGACAUAAAAAUACGGGAGAUCGAAGCCAGGAAGGCGGAAAAAGUGGCGAAGAAGAGAGUGGCGAUGGAAAAGUUGAAAGCGGAGAACCCUGGUUUAGACAUCGAUGAAGAAAUUUUCCUCGCCGAUUCUGAAACCGAGGAAGAGUUAGAACCUCUCCAUAUCCCUGAGGUUCCUAAUCGGAUUAUUUGGAUGCAAAGUACCGAUAGUGGUACCAUCUGGUUGUCGAUGGGCGGCUACGACGCCGGCUACAUCUACGAGUACCGCAUUGACCAAAAGACAGAAGUACCGUACUUUUUUAAAAUGGUACCAGACGCAGACGACAUCGAAAUCAGCAGCUACGCCUACAAUUAUAAUAAGAAGUACCUCAUUUUCGCUAUGCAGCACGGCGAAAUGCGCGUCAACAAACUAACCGAUCGUGACUACCACAACCUCGAAGACUACUGGUCUUUGCCGAUGCACGACAACCAGAAUGGUUUCGUCCCGAACAUGUGCUUCAGCUACGACGAAAAAUUUUUCUUUUCUUGUGGCCACGACGGCAACGUUUUUUCGUACACUUUUCAACCAGAAGACGACGACUACAUUCCUGAACAAAACAUCCCUACCGCAAUCCCCCGAUACUUGUACCCUACACCCAUCCAAGACUCUUCCUUCUACCACAAACUAAGUCUGGAGCAGGCAAGUCUGAAGAAGGAACAAGACCGGAUAGACCGUCUGGCAGCCGAAAACAAAGACAUCUACAGGAAGAAGCUCCGCAAGCUGAGAGAAAUGUUCACCAAGUUGCUAAGUCGCAACAAAAAACUUCUUCCAAGCCAGAGGAUUCCAGUGGAACAACUAGAAAUCGAUCCGCGAGUCACCGAAUUCCUCGACCAAAAACUUGAAGACGAGAUGGAGUUAGUGAAGAGAAAAUUAGCCUUUGACGUACAGAAGUCGGAGCUGAAGAUGACCAAGAUGCGGCGGUACUUCAUCGACGAUCUGGUCUACAACCCCAUCAUUGUGACGGGGUUGCAACUCGACUGCGGGGUUAAAAUGUUAAGACAGAAUAAGGUAGAUAAAAAAAACGCGAUAAUGUUGGAACUGGUGGAGGAGAAAAUUUUGGAGGAUGAGCAUAAACGCAAGCCAGUGGAGCGCCCGCCCCCUCCCACUAAAGUCACCACCGCCAAAAAACCCAAAGACCAGGGCCUCGAAUACUUCCUCGUCAACCUCUCCCCCUCGGCCAUCGUGUCCCAAAAGAACACGAAACUCACCCGCCUCCUCCAGAAAUACCGAGACAGGAAGCUCAAAUGGGAGAAACGCGAACUACAGUGGACAGAAUUUUUGGCGAAGAAACCCGUCCGAGGGGUAAACCAUCCUGAUGACAAUGUCGCUCUAGCAGAGGCUAGGGGUACAAUUGGCGACUACAAACUAAAGUCAGACAUUACAUACAAAGCGAAUCAAGAACAACGAGAAACGACAUUAAAAAAAUACAAGGAACUGUUGUGGGGAAGGGUCAAGCAAUAUAACAUCCGGUACGACUUCAACGUCCAAGUGUACAAUCUACGUGCAGAAAAACAGGAAAUCAGAGCUGAAUUAGACGAGCUGAAACUACAACUGGAAGAAAUCCACAACGAGAUCCCCGUGGACCAGCGGAAAGACGCACCUGCGGUGCGCCCAUCAAAUGAGACGGAAUUCCCUGAGAACAAGUUCUUAAUAACCGUUGAAAUGAAAGUGGAAGAUGCCACGCCGGUUUCGAAACGUUCUCAAAUGGUGAUUGUUGUGUCUCCACCUGCAGAUUUGGAUCAUCACGAGAAACAAGUGUUGUCGAAAAAAGGGACCAAGUUCGACGGGAAAGACCCCGGUGAUCUAAGUCUGCGCGAUUUUGAAGAUUUGUGCGGCUUUAGUAAGAACGAAAAGAAAGACACACCAUGGGAGAGCAAUCUACGAGAAAAAAGAUUAGAAAGAAAGUUGUUCGAGCAAGACGAUGUAAUUGACAUGAUGAUGAAAAAGAUUACAUAUUUCGAUACGAAAGUGCAAAAGUUGAGCAGCCAGAGAUUCCAGGUCGAUGUAGAUGCGAAAACCAUGGACGUCUUCAUGGUGACGCUGCACCAAGAGUUGCUGAUUUUGAACGAGUUUGAAGCAAAGGAAGAUAUUUUGCAAAGUAAAGUCAAUAAUAAACACACAGAGGUUUUGGACAUGAAAGACAUUAUAGAAGAGAUAAAUGGGCAAAUUUUGGAACUCAAUGGUGAUAACGACCGAGGGCAAGAUCGAAUCAAAGUCAUACAAACGACUUUUACACAAGCGGUUCAAGACAAUAAGUUUUACGAUUUCUUGAGGAAGGUUUUUCGCAAGAAAUAUAAACCUCCGAAGAUUCGGAAAGAUGACGAAUCGAGUUCUAGUUCUUCGUCUUCGUCGACAUCGACCACUUCUGAAGACGAAGAUGAAGGCAAAAGCAUCGAUUCCAGGGACUUUGGGUUCAUCAAACAAGACUUGAACGUGUGUCCCAAGGGGUGCGAUCAAGCCAUUUACGACUACACGGUGAAGCAGCGUGCCCAAAGGCACCAAAUCGAAAUCCAAAUCAAAGAAGCACUCAAAGUCAUAGAAGUUCUCAAGAAAGAUCUGGAGAUUCAAAACAAGAAGGUCAAGCUUCUCGAGAAAGACCUGCAGGUGUGUCAGGACGAACUCGAGAUGCACCAGAGAGAGAAGCAGCGCAAACUGAACGACGUCCGAUGUACCGUGGUCCUGCACCUGCACCAGCUGCAGCACCUCACUCCCGACAACAAAGCCAGCAACAUCAUGGACACCUUGGUCUUCUCCGCCAAGUGUCUCACUCACUUGUACAAACGCGUCGACGAACUCCAAGUCGAAACCGAGAAGCUGAUCAAAAGACACAGGAACAACAUCAAACACUACACCAGAAUGCGCUCCGACUGCAGAUACAUGACGAAGCGCAUCAAAGGUCUCCAAGAAGUAAUCACCGACCACAUGAAAUCCAAGUUCGGUAAAAUCGUAGACAUCAACGAGAUAGAAGAAGCCAUGUUGAAGCGAACAUUCGGAAAAGAUGACCUCCACGACUUGGAGGAAGUACUAUUGAAGAAGAUCGUCCACGAUUUGCGACUGUCGAUGAUGGACAUCAAAAGCAUGUACAUCAACGACUUGAACUUUUGGAGCGCCGAAAUCGUGCGGGUUCAGAAAGAGUUGACUUACGCGUUGAGAUACAACACGUCUCAGCAAGAAUUGAUGACGUCUUUAGUGAAGGAGAAGACCGAACUGGCGCAGAAUUUACUGAGUCAGGGAAAAAAGAAGCAGCAUUUGGAAGGGGUGGCGGAUGUGGUGAGACGCUACGGCGAAGAAAACACUAAGCUGGAAGCGGUCGUGGAGGAGCAGUGCCGGCAGAUGCAAGAACUCAAGGAGGAAAUCAAACUGUUGAAGACGAAAGGGAUGGUGCUGAAAGCGAAAGAAAUCAGAAAGGAAGUUGUAGAAGAGGAGGAGACGAGAAUGUGGGAACAGUUGUUGGGGGAGGAAGUGGAAGAAGAGGAGCAGAGGAAGCCCUUCUCCACGGAGAUUAUCAUCCCGACGACUUUGGACGAAAAAUCUCAAGACGUCGCCACCGCUCUUCUCAACGAGAUGUUAAGCGCUCUGGAUAUACACCUCACGAAGCGAUCCAACGAGAACUUCAUCAGAGGGAUUCUCAGCUCGGUGAUGCGCGGCAUCAGCAUGACCGAGUUAGUCGAGGAGUUAAUUCGCAAUCUCCCCAUCGAACCCGACGACGAGCAACGCGGGAUAGUGGAAACGACAGCCGAACAACUCUACGUUGUCGGGGAGCCCGAAACCCACGAAGAAGAUGCCGAUUACUGCAGAGAACUGAUGGAGGACAUCGUCGACGAGAUUCUGCUAGCUAAAGGAGACCCGAAGGACGUGAUGGCCCGAAUGAUAUCCAAUUUAAUCGACGUGUUACCGGUGGACUUCCUCACCGAGAAGUCGAGCAUCGAAUACCUCGUCGAACGGAUCUUGAAGUCUCGCCUCCAGGUUAGUCUGCACGCUUCCGACGUAGCUCACAUGCUCGUCACGGAAGACGCCAGGAGGAUUUUGGACGAGAUCGUGCACAAAGUUUUCGAUACAGGAGUUGAUUUAUUGUAUUACAUUAAAGACAAUUAGAAAUUUA